CUCAGGCCCCAGAGAGGUUGCUGUUGCUCCAGCCUGUGUGGUGGCCUCCUGCCUCAGCAUGGCUUCCUGGUUUGGGGACACCCUUGGCCCUGACCCACUCAUGGUGCUUUUGGUUGUCAUCCUCCUGGUGCGCUUCAUCCUGUGGUCCUGUCUGGGGACCUAUAUGGACUACAGGCUGGCCCGGCGUUAUCCUGACAAACCCAAGGAAGAGUAAGCGUGAGGACCAGUGGAGACCAACCCAGGAGGUUUUGUAUUGUGACAAUAUCAUCCCUCUGUCCAUUGGGUACCACAGAUGCCUUCAUGCAGGACACCUUUGCUCCCCUGCCAUGCCUCUCCAGCGCUGCCCCCAUGAGCUCUUUAGCCUGGGUUAACCUCCCUAGGCCUUUGCUAGUCAGGCAGGGAUACAAUACUUAGUCCUACCCACUGUGCAGAAACCAGAGCACAGAAGAAACAACAGGGUCAGAGAGGCCCCAGAAGCUGCUUAGAUUAGUGAGGAUUGUCCCACUUGGGCUGUCAAAGCAACCCUUAUUACCAGGUGCUCGCCCCCAUGGCAGUGUAUGCCCCAGGAAAUGCCUGGCCUUUCUCUAGCGCUAUUUUUUGUUAUUAAGAGCCAGGGUUGUGUGGGAGGCCAUGGGGACAACCAUGGCCAUUACUCCCAAGGCCAGUGCUGUCUGGAACCUCUGCUGCCCCAACCAGUCACUGGAUGCAGGCAGAGAGCUGCCUCAGUUUCCCAGAGCAGAUCUUAGUGACAUGUCUCGAGAUGGCCUCAUGAGAUGGAAUUGAAGCCUCCUUGGCCCCGAAACAACUCCUUACCCAUCAGGUCCCAGUUUCCCACCCUGGUUUGUCAUAAGAAUGAACCUACGGGAAUGGUGACACAGCUUUUGCGAGACUGUGCUGGUUUUAAAGCUCAAAGUCCCUUACUCUAGGAAGCCCAGGUGGCCUCGGAGAGGAGUAUUCACAGUUCACACACUUGUGAAUACGUGUUUGCCCGUGUGUGCGAAGACCCAAGGCUGUGACAAGACAGGAGAUGGGGCAUCUGCCAGCCUUAUGCGACUCCCCAGUUCAGUGGUGGUAGUCAGUGAUCCCCUGUUUUCUCCUUGAGCGAGAUCACAGAACAAGGUGUCUGUGCUCGGCGUUCGAGGCUGCAGCGUGGCAGUUCUGCGACUUGGCAAGGAUUGAUUUGGUUUUGCCCUCUUUAGCGCAGGUUUAGGGCUUCAUUGCUGCAGGUAGGCUGCAGCUGCUCCGGGGACUUUGCGUGAUAUCCAUGUACAGAGAGACAGUACGCUAGAGAUGGGGAGCAGUGCCCUCAGGAAGCCUGAGUUUUGCAUCUCAUAAUCCAGAAUGAUGUCAUAGUGUCUUGGUCUCCUGAUGGUUGCUGUCGUAAAUACCAUGAGGGAAGCAGCAUGAGGACUCAGCUCACAGCUCCAGAUCAGCCCAUCAUGGCUGAACCGUCACUGGGAGGAGCGAGAGGCAGCCACUCCCAUUAUGCCUGAAGUUGGAAGUGGACAAGCAGCACAUGUCCCUCGUGGCCUCUGCCACUGGCCUGGACCACUCAUUUCAGUGAUGGCCUUUUGAGGACUGGUUUGGGUAUUUGGGUGUCUCUGUGCCUGGAUACUAGCACCCAUCCCCCAAAAAGGUUCCAGCCAGAAUGUUCCCAGAAGAGACAGCUGUGCCCCUCUGCUCAUGGCUGGUAGUCCUGAGACAGGCAGUAGCCAUGCAGAGGGCAGUGAGUGGUGGGAAAGGACAGCAGGUGUGGGAAUCUGGGUGUCAGAUUCCCCAUCCCUUGUACGCUCAGCACCUGAAUUUGGAGGCAGGAUCUUGAAUGAGAUGACGAAGGUAAAUGAGGUCACAUGAUCCCUAACCACAGUGAUUGGUGCUCUCAGAUAAAGAAGAGAGACAUUAGGACACAGCCUGUGUCAGAUGUGGUCUGCAAGCCACGGAGAGAGGCCUCGGGAGAAGCCAGCCCUGUGACACUUCCACCGUGGGCUUCUGGCCUCCAGCAGGUGAGGUAAAGCAACCUGCAGCUUAAGCCUCCCACCUGUGGUGCUCUGAGCUGAUUAAUAGAAGAACAAUGGAGUCAUUAACCCAACAAAGAGUCACCUAGUGUGCCCAGCCCAGGGUCUCCUACUCAGCACAACACUGACCCACAGCUGCCUUGGGUCUGGGAGUCACGGUCAGUGGGCAGAAGUUCUGGAAACAGAGAGUAGUCCUUGUAGGUGCAUGUGACUAUGGACCACUAAAAAUGUGGCCAGUGCAAUCUUUGAUGCAUGGUGAGUGUGACCACAAAGGCUGUCACAACAUAUCUGAAAUGUCUUCAUGUUGGCUUGCAGGAAAAUGGUGGCAGUUUUGGACACAUUGCA